AUGAGCAGAUCAAAAUCAAAUCAAAAUGCUGCUGCAUCAUCUAAAUCAACAGUAUCAUCAAAUAUUCGCCAACCACGACAACGUAUGACACAGAACUAUCUUCUUUUAUGGUUGGAUAAUAGCAUCGACCAAACAAACGAAGAUUAUGAAAAUACAUUAGAACAAAUACAAACCAUUACUGGUGAUGUCAAUGUCUUUAAGGAGCGCGAUGCAUGUAUCGACCUUCUUACAGAUACUGAAGAAGACAUCAAGUUUUUUCUUAUUGUCAAGGAUACUACGUCUGAACAAAUAAUGCCCCUCAUCAAUGAUAUUCCUCAGCUGCAUGGUGUUUAUAUCUUCAAUGAUAUUAAAACCAUACAUGAUGUAUGGACAAAAAAAUGGAAAAAAAUCAAAGGUGUUCAUACAAAUAUCAAAGACAUAUGUCAAGCAUUACAACUGGCAGUUAAACAAUGUGACCAGGAUACAAUAGCCGUAAGCUUUCUGACGGUAAAUGAAAUGGCUUCAACUGAUAAUUUAAAUCAGUUGGAGCCAACUUUCAUGUAUACUCAACUAUUCAAGGAGAUUCUCCUUGAUAUCGAAUACGGUGAUAAAGCAAUCAAGGACUUAGCAGUUUGUUGUCGUGAAGUUUUCAGUGGCGAUACAAUUGCAUUAAAAAUUAUUAAUGAAUUCGAACACGACUAUCGACCACAAAAAGCAAUAUGGUGGUAUACACGAGAGUGUUUUACCUACAAAAUGCUCAAUCAAGCACUUAGAACUAUGGAUGCCGACAUAAUCAUUAAUAUGGGCUUCUUCCUACGUGAUGUACAUCAACAAAUUCAAGAGCUGUACGAACAACAAGUCAGUGAUUAUAGAAGAAAAUCUUUUAUAGUUUAUCGAGGACAAGGUCUUAUGAAAUCACACUUUAAAAAACUUCAGAAAGCAAAAGGUGGACUUAUGUCAUUUAACAAUUUCUUAUCCACCAGUAAUGAUCAAGCUGUUUCCUUUAUGUUCGCCGAGAGUGCCUCACAAAAUCCCGACAUGGUAGGAAUACUUUUUAUAAUGUCCAUUGAUCCUUGCUUAAAAUCAACACCAUUUGCCUCCAUCAAAGAGGUGAGUUAUUUUAAGGAAGAAGAAGAGAUUCUCUUCUCGAUGCACACCGUCUUUCGAGUGAAUGCAAUUAAACAAAUGGACAAUAACAAUCAGCUUUAUCAAGUUGAAUUAAAAUUAACAUCAGACGAUGAUCAACAACUAAGAUCACUUACUGAUCGGAUACGAGAAGAAGCUAGUGGUAGUACUGGAUGGCAUAGAUUAGGUCAAUUGUUGCUCAAAAGUGGUCAAUUUAAUAAAGCUGAAGAGCUUUAUAAUGUAUUACUCGAACAGACACCUGAUGAGAAUGAAAAAGCGAUUUGUUAUCAUCAACUGGGAUUAGUCCAUAAGAGUCAAGGUGAUUAUGAAAAGGCUAUUUGGUAUUACGAAAAACCAAUUGAAAUUUAUCAAAACACUCUUCCUUCCAAUUAUCGUAGUUUAGCUACUUCAUACAACAGCAUCGGUAGUGUGUAUUCCAGGAUGGGAGAGUACUCGAAAGCACUUUCAUCUCACGAAAAAGGAAUUGAAAUUGAAGAAAAAAUUCUUCCUUCAAAUCAUCCUGAUUUGGCUACAUCAUACAACGAUAUCGGUAAUGUGUAUUACAACAUGGGAGAGCACUCGAAAGCACUUUCAUCUCACGAAAAAGCACUUGCAAUUUGGCAAAAAACUCUUCCUUCAAAUCAUCCACAUUUGGCUACUUCAUACAACAACAUCGGUAAUGUGUCUUACAAAAUGGGAGAGUACUCGAAAGCACUUUCAUCUCACGAAAAAGCACUUGAAAUUCAAGAAAAAACUCUUCCUUCAAAUCAUCCUGAUUUGGCUACUUUAUACAACAAUAUUGCUACGAUGUAUUACAUUAUGAAAGCCUAUUCGAACGCGCUAUCAUAUUUUGAACGUGCUCUAGAAAUCAAACAACGUGUAUUACCUCCAACUCAUCCUAGUAUUAAAGUUGUGAAAGAGAAUAUUGAAAUUGUAAGAAAGAAAGUAUAA